AUGGAUGGUGCAGAGCGGCCUCUUUCCAAAUGGAAGCAACCCCUCCUCAAGCUUAGGGAUAGGCUGCGGCCGUCUGGAGACGUGAACUUGAAGCGGCUACAGAGAAAGAGAGCUUUGUUUGCUCUCUUGACGCGUCGCUUAUGGCUCAUAAAGUUCACCUUAUUCCUUGCUGGCUACCUAUGGAUGAUUUAUAUUCCGUCACCUCUUUGGGGGAGAGGGACAUACAUUGACGAGAAUGCACUCCAACCUGCUCAGGUGAAUACUAACUGGAACUGGGGAGAUGUCCACGCGGCUGAUAGGCAUCUGGAACAACUUGAAUGCAUACGUGAUGGAAACUGGACGAGUGAGCAACGGGCUCGUUGGCUAAAAGAGGAGUUUGGCAAGCACGGGGUUGUAUCGUCUACCCAACGUUAUUCCUUUUCAACGAGCCUGACGACUAUCCAUGGCACGAAUGCAUAUGCUGUCCUGGCAUCGCCUCGUCACUCCGGCACUGAAGCGAUGAUCAUCAGCGCAUCAUGGUUGAGUCGGAGUGGUGAAGGAGAUGGAACUAUAAAUAUCCGAGGUGUAUCCACAGUGCUCGCUUUGGCUGGUUUUCUAAAGCGCUACUCGUACUGGGCGAAGGAUAUUGUCUUCGUCGUCAGCGAUGGAUACUUGGAUGGCAUGCAGGCAUGGCUCGGGGCAUACCACGGGUCGUCACAGUCUGGGCUCUACGCUGAACCAUUGCAAUUCACGUCUGGGGUAAUCUGGACGGCUCUUAACAUUGACUAUCCUGGUCAUUCUUUCUCUCACCUUGGUGUCUUCUUCGAGGGAUUGAACGGACGUCUUCCUAACCAGGAUCUAAUCAACUCAUUUGAACGAAUCGCUCGAUACACAGCGGGAGUCUCAGUUACUGUGUACGACCAUUUGGAUCCCCGAGCGGAACCUUCAGCGAACAAGGCACCUUGGUUCCUACCUCAAUUUAUUUACAACAUCCCAGAAGUAAAGGGCUACCUUUAUCAAGCGAACAACAUUGUCCGGCAUGCCAAAUACCAGGCCAGCGGACGCGGCAGCGGCGUCCAUGGUCUCUUCCAUCAGUUCCGUAUAGAUGCUAUCACUCUGUUUGCUGUACCUGCAAUGGGUCCACACGGGUUCCAUGCUAUAGGACGGACAAUUGAAUCGACUCUCCGUACCAUGAACAAUCUUCUAGAACGCUUACAUGCCUCCUUUUUCUUUUACAUCUUACCAGGACCCCAGCGUUUCCUCAAGAUCGGCCUUUACCUGCCCAGCGUCAUCCUGAUUAGUGUCGCUAUGAUGUUCCAUGGCUUGAGCAUCUGGUCCAAUGCCGGCUGGGUUGAGGAAACCCUUCCAACCGAAAAAGAGAGCAAAGUGCAGUCUACCACUAAAUGGAGGCGAAGGCGAAGGCCUAUAAUCAGUGCAUUAUGCAUCAUGAUCGCAACUCACACCUUGGGCCUGAUUGUCUUCAAUAUUGUCACGACGCCUUGGUUUAUGAAAAAUCCUCAGGCUCUAUCGCCUUGCAUGCUUGUACUUGGCAUUGCGACGCCUUUGCUAUUCGUUCGAAGGGUCGGCACUGACGUCGGUUCUGCCCCAACGUUUAUGGUUCUUAAGGCUUUCAAUCUAUGCCUUUCCUCCACAGUCAUAUCUAUUAUUACUCUCCUCAAUUUCUCUCUUGCCGCGUCUUUGACCCUCUUCCUUACACCCGUCGUUGCAUUGUCAUCCCCAGCCCUCUCGGCUCAAGUACGAUUGAUAAAAUACUCUGCGUACGCGUCGAUAGCUUUCGCAUGGCUUCUCUUCCACCAGAGCCUGGUGGAUGUAGUCUGGAGUUGGCAGGUCCUCUCGGUCUGGCUUGCACCAUUCAUCUGCAUCGUAUAUACUCCCUUGGUGUUGCAGGCUGCCAUUGUAUGCUCACUACCAUGUUGA